UUUGUUAGCCUAGAGCUUCGUUGAGUGAAAAACCUAACUUCGUAUAAAUAUCAAAAGCAUAAAUCGUUUUAGGGUUUUUCUAUACGUCGAUCAUGGAUUAUUCCGAUGAAGAUGGCAUGGUCGAUACUGAUUCAGGUGAGGAGAGUUUAUUGAGUGACAACCCCGUAGAUUCUGAUUAUGAAUUCACCGAUCAAGACAUGGACAACGCUUCAACAUCCAAACGAUCUCAGAUAAGUUACUUGGUUCUCAAGGAAGAAGACGUUAGCAAGCAUCAAAGAACCGAUAUUGAACAAGUUUCCACUGUUCUCUCGAUAAGCCAAGUCGAAUCGAUCGUUCUGCUUCUUCACUACCAGUGGAAUGUUAGUAAAGUCGAAGAUGAAUGGUUUACUGGCGAAGAGAAAGUCCGUGAACUCGUUGGUAUGUUGAAGGAGCCUGUCGUUGAUCUUAACGACAGAGAAGUGAAUAUUGAAUGUGGAAUUUGCUUUGAUUCAUAUACUCAGAAGGAAGUGACAACACUUUCUUGUGGUCAUCCUUAUUGCAAUGUUUGUUGGACCGGUUACAUCACUACGACAAUCAAUGACGGUCCGGGAUGUUUGACAGUUAAGUGUCCUGAACCUUCUUGUUCUGCCGUGACAGCAUGUCAAUAUAUGGUCGAUAAGGUAAUAACCGAUAAAGAACAUAAGGAGAAGUACUAUAGAUACUUUGUUAGAUCUUAUGUCGAAGCUAGCGGAAAUAAGAUAAAAUGGUGUCCAUCACCUGGAUGCGAAUACGCGAUUGAUUUUGCAAGUGGAAGCGGAAGUGAACAUUACGAUGUUUCUUGUUUGUGUUCUUAUGAAUUCUGCUGGAACUGCGGUGAAGACGCUCACCGUCCUGUGGAUUGCGAAACGGUAUCAAAAUGGAUAAGUAAGAACACUGAUGUAUCCGAGAACACGAACUGGAUACUUGCGAAUACAAAGCCUUGUCCUAAUUGCAAACGUCAGAUCGAGAAGAGCAUGGGAUGUAACCAUAUGGGAUGCUCGAUUUGUAAACACCGUUUUUGUUGGAAUUGUCUUGGUCCAAUGAAAGGUCACAAGAAUUGCCACAAAUUUAAGGGUGGUAAUGAGACUAAUGUUAAGAGAAAAAGGGCGAAAAGGGCAAUCGAUAGAUACAUGCAUUAUUAUGAAAGAUGGGCAAGCAACCAGUCUUCGAGGCUAAUAGCUAUGGCAGAUUUGAAGAAAUUGCAGUCGGUGCAGCUUAAAUGGCUUAGUAUCAGACAAUGCACAACAGAGUCUCAGCUCCAGUUCACAGUAGAGGCAUGGCGUCAGAUCAUUGAAUGUAGAAGGGUUUUGAAAUGGACAUAUGCAUAUGGAUACUACCUUCCAGAGGAGGAACAAACCAAGAAACAGUUUUUCGAGUAUUUGCAAGGGGAAGCUGAAGCUGGUUUGGAGAGGCUACAUCAUUGUGCAGAAGAGGAGUUGAAACAUUUUGUCUUCAAAACUCAAGAUUCAUCCAAAAAUUUCGGUGACUUCCGGAGGAAGCUAACUGGUUUGACUGAAGCAACCAAAACUUACUUCGAAAAUCUAGUGAAAGCUUUGGAGAAUGGUCUUGCUGAUGUAGCACUUAGUGAGAGCAGCAAAUCAAAAACAAAAUCGAAACCUGCUACCAAAAGACGAAAGCUGAAGUGAGAACGGUAUGAGGUACGAUCCAUCUUGUUUUAUCUGUUUUAUGUUUUUUUUUUUUGCUGCCAUGA